AUGUUUACGGAUGUAGCGACACCGCCAAUCAUAUCUUUCACAAAUCAACGUUUUCUCAGUGCACAUGAGUGCUUACAGGCUGCAGCAACUCAAGGGUCACAUUUUGCCUGACAAUAAGAUCACAGCAAUGGCAGGCUCACCUAGUCCUCUCACCACCCAUGUGCUGAACACUGCAAUGGGUGUCCCUGGUUCAAACAUCGCCCUCAGCCUCUAUCGACAAGACCCUUCCACUAAUGCCUGGAGCCUGAUAACCACUGGGACCACUAAUGAUGAUGGACGCUGCCCAGGACUUAUCACAAAACAAAUGUUUACAUCUGGUGUGUAUAAAAUGCAUUUUGAGACUGCUAAAUACUGGGAGAAUAUGGGAGAGACCUGCUUUUACCCAUAUGUUGAGAUUGCCUUCACUAUAAAUGAUCCUAGCCAAAAGUACCAUGUUCCUCUGCUCCUGAGUCGUUUCUCUUUUAGUACGUACAGAGGGAGCUAGAGAUCAAGCGUGAUGAAGCUACCUCCAUCUAUCAGGCGGAGGCAACUCCACCAAGAACAUUCAUCUCAGCACCAGCUGAACUGUCACGCCCAUCGAAAAGACACAAUGCUCCAUUCCUCCAUUUGAAUAAUGAUGUUAUAAUCAAUAUAACUUUUUUUUUGCAAUUAAACAUUAAAUAAAAUAAGGUGUUUAUUGUCAAA